AUGAGAGGUUUGGAUGGUAAGCAAAAAGAAUUGAUCAAAGAAGUUGGUAACUUUCGCAUGAAAGAUGGUAAAAGAACGAGAGUUCAUGUUAUAGUUUAUCAAACUUUGAAUCGCCCUACUCAAACUAAAUGUGAUGGAAUUAAACUAAUGGUUGAGGCUGUAGAGAAUAUAAAGCCCAUAUGCAAAGUUGAAAAAGUAGAAGUAGCAGUUACUAUUUAUGAUGUCCCUGGGAUUAUAGGUAGGGAUCGUCAACAAACCUUAGCUAUUCGUUGGAUCCUUGAAGCAACUUUCAAACGACGUAUAAGCUACAAGUUAAGCUUAAAGAAAGGUUCAUUUGCUGAGAUACAAGAUGCUUAUCGAAAGAGGGGAAUUGCACAUAAGAAAAAGGAGAAUCUUCAUAGACUGACUUCCACCAAUUGA